AAAAAACAUGUUAAUUAGACGGAUCAAGAAGGUUAGCUACGGCAUAGCACUCUCAGAUUUUUGCACGAUUCCACAUAAGGUCCCUUUUUCCUUUCUGCACUUCUACUUCAUACGUAACAAGAAAGCGUGAAGCCUUGAGGCAUUGCUACUAUACAUUAAUCCAUAGUUUCUUGUUUCCUUGCAAUUUGCUUACACGGUUAAGGCGCGCUGACCUUGUGGGCUGGACGAUUCUAGAAGAUGUCCCAACUAAAGGAGAUUCAGGAGUUCUUGGCUGGGCCUCAAGGGCCCAUGGCGGUUGCAGCUCUGGUGUUUGCACUGGGUCUCAUUGUGAUUGCAAAGUAUCUGCUCCGGGCAGGCGGUGUUGGCACGUCCAAGCGUGCCGCAGCCAAACGGAAACAACCACAGCCAGUAUCGGUGUCGUCGGGUGUACCAGCAAAGGCGGUACCUUCGGCUGCAAAGGGUACAGCGCCGGCGGAGGACGACGAGGAUGGAUCUGACAACAAAGGAAUGGGUAGCAUCGUUGGCGGAUGUUCUACGGACCUUAAAUGCCGGCCAUCGUCACGCUCUAGCUCCCAUGCAACACCAUGGCCGGUCCGUGCGACAACAUACGCGCUUGACUCACAGGCGCAUCAGCGCAAUACUUCCGAAAUCCCUGUACGCCAAGCCUAUGGCCGAACGUCGCCGAGCACUGCCUCAAGGCCAACGGCAUGGUGCUCGGCCACUGUGCCAAGCCAGGCCUGCUGGUUCAACCCACCUCUGGACACUGCCUGCUGCCGGCAUGACGCUGUCUCCAUAGCGCCCACGUCCGCGUCCUCGCAGCCUCGCUGGGGUGGGGUGAUAACGGCAGCGGCGAAGGCAGCCAGGCGCGACGGACGCCACAGGGCUAGGAGAAUCCUGCCGCUACCAGCGGCAGCACCAGCAUCGGCGGCGGCAGCCGCGGCGGAUCCUAAUGCAGAAGUAUCGUACACCUCAAACAACGGCUUGGUACUCAUGGUACGGAAAAUACGCACGCUGGACGAGCUCCGCCAAGUUGCCACGUUGCGCGCGGAUGCUUACUACGCGGAAAAUCAGUCACGUUUCGUGGGAUCCCUUAAGAAAAAGUUCGUGGAGCAAGAGGUGGAGUCCUUGCAGCAGCGCACCACCAUCCUGUCGCGGCAGGGAAAGCCCUACUCGGAGUGCCUGGUUGCCAUAGACUCCGCCUCGGGUGCCGUACUAGCCUGCAUCGACAUGCGCCUUCCGGCGGCUCUCAAUGGCACACAUCCCCACGGUGUACCGCAGGACGACCCCUCCGGCUGCUACCUUCUCAACGUGGUGGUGCGAGAGGACGUGCGGGGCCAGGGAUUGGGCCGCGGCAUCAUGCAAGCUGCUAUGGUGCGCGCCGUGCAGCUCUGGGGCGCAGGGGCGCUGUACACACACGUGGAGGCAGAUAACGAGGUGGCGUACAAGUUGUACCAUAGCUGCGGGUUCGAGCGGCACAGCGCGGACUCCAAGUACGAGGCCGCGUCGAAGUUGGGCCAGACGGUUUCCUUCACUUUCGAGCACCAUAUGGCUUUGACGAACGAAACAAAUGCUAUCGCGGAUACCACAGUUCUGCAACUUAAUUGCAGGGGAUCUUAACUCUUAAUAAAGAGGAGUUCAUAUCUCACAAUAACACCACGAACUUAAAAACACCGCAAAGAAAAUAUUCAAAUUAUAAUCGCCACGGCAUAGGCGCGUGUAUUUGCUUAGUGUCAUACCCACCCUCCCACUGUGAAAUCUCUUCACGCCAAAGCUUAUAUGUCAAGGGACCUAAUCUGCUCAAGGACCCUGUACGACAAGCAUCUAACCAUGCGCACGCGCGUAAGGCUCAGGUCCGGUGCCACCUGGCCCCCAGUUGAAAGCAGUCUCACGCAGCAGCACCGCAAACGAAAACAAGUACAUAACAGAAAACAAGACACAUGAACAUACCAUUACACAAAAAGGAAAGCAACAGCACAAAGUAUUGGGCACCAUAAGGCGUCUUAACGUGUACGACACUUGCGUCAGUGCGGCUGUAAAGAGCUAUACGCUGCGAGAAAAAAAACACCAGUAAGGCACAAUCUGCAAAAACUGAAAACACGACUCCAAAACGUAUUUAUAUCCCUCUGCAAAAGAUGCCCUAGGCAUCAGCAAACAGUGAAUCAAUAGCUGAGAUGGAAGCGACACCCGGCGCGACACGCGGGCAACACGCCGGCCGGCUGCAGACAAAAGCAGCACCGCACACGGCAAAGCACCGUACAGCACAAUUCGAGGUCAUGAGCGCAAAAGUAACCCGAAGCAAAUGACUAACAGACUCCGCUCAUGGCAACGAGAAGCCGCCCAUACAGAGCCCCAUCGCCAGCGCCCC